UAGUUUCAUACAUAUUUAACACAUUCAUUUAUCCGUCAGAACGAAGCGGCUGGAUGCCAUUGUAAACAUUAUACUUGUGUUAAUCGUACGCUCGUACAAAGAUCCUUGGACAAUAUUGUGUGUGCAUUGAUAAUGGUUUGAGUUGGCUCUUGUAUGUAUUUGUAUAUAUAAAAAUAAUUUCAUACAACAAUGAAGAAUUUAAGGAAAUCACUUACUAAUUUAGUCAAUUUAAAUAAAAUUUGCCUGAGAUCAGUGUCACUAAGUAACGUAGAGGAAAAAACAGCUGAUGCGAAGCCAUGGCAGGAGAUACCUGGACCGUCAUCACUACCUCUUAUUGGACAACUACACCACUUUCUGCCUGGAGGACGUUUGUCAAACCGUAAUGAUUUUAUGACUGAUUUCUUAUACAAGAAAUAUGGACCGAUAGUCAGAUUUGACGGCAACUUCGCUGCACCUCCAAUGAUCAUACUGUAUGACGCAGAAGCUUCAUCAAAAAUACUUCGUGGUGAAAAUUUGAUGCCAGUUCGACCAGGUUUUAACGCACUAACAUAUUACAGAAAACAACAUAAUAAACAGGAAGGCAAUCCUGAUGCUACAACUGGCUUAAUAACGGAUCAUGGUGAUGCAUGGAAAAAUUUCCGAUUAACAGUGAACCCUAUUUUAAUGCAACCUCAAACCGUUAAAUUGUACCGCAAUUCCUUGACCGAAGUUGCUGAAGAUAUGGUAAAGAGAAUGAGAAAAUUACGUAAUGAUAAAAAUAUGAUCGAUGGAAAAUUUAAUGUUGAGAUGAACUUAUGGGCGUUGGAGGCAAUUGGGGUUGUGGCGCUUGGUGGACGUCUUAACUGCUUGGAUUUAAAUCUCCCGAAAGACUCCCCGGCUAAGAAGUUAAUCAGCCUCGUUCAUGAAGCAUUUAGUUUGACUGAAAAAUUGGAAUUUCAACUUUCUAUGUGGAAAUAUUUUGCUACGCCAACGUUUAAGAAAGCGAUGAAGUGCUACGAUGAACAGAGAAAACUAAAUAUAUACUUCAUCACGAAAGCUAGAGAGGAACUUAAAAAGAAACAGAAGUCUGCAAGCGACGCAAAGAGUGUUCUUGAAAAAUUGCUUGAUAUUAAUGAAACUGUAGCACUAAAUAUGGCAAGCGAUAUGCUAUUUGCUGGGGUCGAUACAUCUGCUAACACAGUAACAACACUACUUUAUCAUUUAGCAACGCAUCCAGAGAAGCAAAGCAAGCUUAGGAAAGAACUAAGAUCGAAAGAUGAAAAACAGUCAUACCUUAAAGCGUGCAUAAAAGAAUCUUUGAGGCUAAAUCCAGUUGUCAUAGGAAACUUAAGAUUGACUACUAAAGAAUACAAUAUUUUAGGAUACAAUAUCCCAAAGCAGAUGAUUAUAGUAAUCGGAAACCAAGUUAUGUCUAUGAUGGAACAACAUUAUCCACGUCCUAAGGAGUUUAUACCUGAAAGAUGGCUUGUCGACAAAAGUGAUCCACUGUGUUAUAGUAAUGCACAUCCUUUCGCAUACGCCCCCUUUGGUUUCGGUUCUCGUGCUUGCAUAGGGCAGCGAAUAGCCACCUUGGAAAUAGAGACAUUCAUUGCAACCAUCAUUAAGAAUUUCGAAGUGGAGUGGUUCGGGCCGCCGCCGCAAAUUCGCGUCAGUACUAUUAACUACUUCACUGAGCCCUACAAUUUCACUUUUAAGGAUAUUUAAUGCAAUUUAAAAAAAAUAACUAUACGAACUGUGUCAAUAGUAUUCAAUAAUAUUAUUCUUGUAAAAGCUA